AUGUCCGUCGCAGGAUCACGGCCACAAAAGCGACUUCCCACUGUGCUGGUCACCGACUCGCGCGAGAUCAAGCCCAUCCUCCGCCCCUCUGCCCCGCCGCGCACCGGCACGCGCAUCAUCUCGGUCGACAAUGUGCUCCAAUAUGCCUCGGAAAUCCCCUCUGCCCAGCGCCGAGUCACGCCGCAUGCCCGCCCUCUCAACCACAACCGCACCCCCUCGGGCCGACAUCCUCUCGAUCCCAAGCUAAGCGGCAAGGGCAUUCCCCUCAGCGGCGCUCACAUUCCCGCGCGUAGCAGUAAAACCAGCGAGAAGUUGGUGCUCCUCCCCGAGACCAGUGAGGAGGCGGACGAGGAUGGCUUCGAGGACGAGGAUGACAGCGCCCCUCCCAGAGACGAUGAGCUGCGGAGGCGGAAACUACCGGGCAAGGGCGGGAAGAGUGAGGCGGAGAGGCUGCCCAAAUCGCAGCGCAUCGCCGAUCCGCAGCUGGCGCGGGUGACGGCGUAUUGCACGGCACAGAACUACAAGCUGCGCACCACGGCCGCCUUUGUCCGCGAUCAACACGGCGCCAAGACGAAACUGUACGACGAUUGUCUGUAUUGUGUCUACCAGCUCCCCCUCCUCGGCGGCAGCGAUGGGUAUCGCGUGCGCAGUAGUCCUGUCAUCAAGCACCCCGGCGGCCGCAGCGUGUUGGACGAGCAGAUCGAGGCCAACGAGAGGCGUCAGUACCGCGAAGGGUGGGGUGAGGAGAGCGAGGAGUACUCGGUGCGUGGUAAUUCCUCGCCCUAUCACGCCUCGCCGCCUCCCGAAGCCAGCGUCAUGGAAGGCGAGCGGCACGAAGCCGAGUCGAACCGCAUGAGGGAGAUUGCCGAUGCCUGGGCCGACGAGCGGGAGGCCGGCAGGAGGGAGAGCGUCAGUGAUGAGUCGGCCUUUUCCUUUCCCUCCCCCGCCCAUUCCGCCGGCAUCAACCCGAAUGCACACACCGUGGCCGAGCUCUUCAUCUUCAGCUAUGGUGUCGCCGUGCUGUGGAACUUCACCCAGAACCAGGAGCGCGAUCUCCUGGCAGACCUCACCUUUUCUUCCGCAUCUGCAAUGCCGGCCGUCGGCAAGCACAUUCCGCAUCAUCUCUCUCAAAAAGCUGCGGCGCUCGCUCCUCCCAGCAAUCUUCCUCUGAUGACGCGGCCUCUCGACGAAAGCGAUUUCGAAACGGAAGAGUUCCACUUUCAAUACGACGACCAAGCCGACAAACCACGGAUAUACAACGACAUGAUUACGUUGAGGACUAGUGAUCACUUCAUCAAGCUCGCCAUGUCGCAUGCGAUUGGACAGUCGACCAAACUCUCCUACUUUGAAGAGCGAAUGCAAAAGACGAUGGAGAGCGCACAGUAUGUCCCAAGGCAGCUCGCAUUGGAGGGAAGGCUCGGCAUGGACCGGAAAGAGAUUGUCAGCUUGGUGGGCAAGCUGUUCGAGGGGAGGGUGGAUGUCAAUCUUUCAAGUAACAUGCUGGACACUCCCAACUUCUUCUGGGAUUCCGAGCCAACCCUUCACCCCCUUUACGCAGCUGUGCGGGAGUACCUGGAGAUUAAGCCGCGCAUUCAAGUUCUCAACGAGCGUUGUCGAGUAUUUCUGGAUCUCGCGGAGAUUCUCUCCGACUCCAUCGCAGAUGUGAAGAUGACGAGGAUAACAUGGAUCAUCAUCGUUCUCAUCAUGCUGAGUAUCUUGGUCACUCUUACCGAAGUCUUCUUGCGAUUCGCCAUCCUCGCCGGCCAGAGCAAAGAGGGCAAGAAAGCCGGCGGCGAGGUCGUUGGUGGGCUCAUCGCCAAGGGUGUCAUGGGCGUGAUGGGAAUGGGCCGGAGUAAAGGGGAGUUGUAA